AUGGCACGCCACAAAUUCAAUGCUGAUCUGGCUGAGGCAUCCCGCGAACAAGUUGAGCAUAUCUCGGGUCUUCAGAAAGGAGAUGAUGACGGCGAACUCACCUUCGUUCUUUCCCAUGAUGCUCUGCCAUCUCCCCUCAACAUUUGCCUUACUGCCCUGAACGUGGACGAUUAUCCACAUGGCCUUGGCUUUGUGGCAUACACCAAGGAAGAAUCUGCCUCGAGUGCGGUUUCCAAGGUCCUUGACGAUAUUCCCAACCUCAGUCAGGGCAAAACCAUACUCAGCACGCUGGUAAUGAUCUCAAAGAAGCUGACCUCAAGCCUCAACUCGGCGAACAUUGACGAAGGCUCGGAUGUGGAAAUGACGGAUAAUGACGACGAUGAACACUACGGCAACUACGAAGACGACGAAGAAGAGUACGCAGACGAGGAUUACGAAUAUGACGAUACUGACUUCGGUAUUGAUUUUGGUGGCGAUGCUGUUCCGCAACCGCCCAGCCGUUCGGCCAAGUUUCCUAGCCGCCUGAUCGACGAUCUUCAGAAAGCCAAAGACGCCGGUUUCAAGAUCUCUCUACUAAGCGACGCUGCCACACACGAGGAAAGCUGCAUCUUCGCACUUUCCCUUCUCGUCGAGCAUCUGGGGAUCAGCGAGGACACACUAGAGGCCUGGGAAAUCAGCGCUUCAGAUUACAUCGUAUUGCUUUACAAGUACGAUGCAGGCUAUCCUUGCGUGGAAACUUUUACGAAGCUUCCGCCAGGUCAUUCGGAAUCUAUGCAGUUCCGGUUGGGAAAAUGCACCUCUUUCAAGCCCACCUUUCACUCAGCACUCAUUCCAUUCCAAAACAAUCUCGAUACUGCCAAGAAGAGCCCAGAGAAAGACGGUCUGCCGAGUGAGGCCUCUCGCGAGGCAGCGUUUUGCUCAAUGCCCAUUUCGGACUCGCUGGACAUUUUCCUGAAUAAGGAGUUUGUCAACCUGCUGAAGACUCGAUUGGAUGAUGGUGUCUCCUGGGACCACGCAAAGGAUAUGAUGGAGGAGAUGACCAAAGAUGGGCACAUGCGUGUCAACAGUUCCACACAAAACAGUCCCGAUCCGACUCGAAGCCAAACGGCCGGCAGCUUGAUUGAAGACGAGGCUCAAGUCUCGACGUCAGCUCUCACGUCGCUCAACAAGGACUACUAUAUGGCUUUGGGUCUGGGUCCCAGUACGGAGCACGACAUCAUCACUCGUCCCUACGUCGUCGAUCUGUUGGUCAGCUUCUGCGCUGCUGCUCUGAAAAGUGACCGGAUUCGAGAAUGGCCGCGAGGUCUGUCUAUCAAAGUCCCCGUCCCGAGCCAUGAGCUCACACCACGAAAUUUCACGUCCGCGAUGAGCAGAUUCCAGGCAACAAUGAUGCAGGUCCCGAUUCAGGCCCCGAUCCAGCCCCAGACAGUACAGGGUUCCGGAAUUCUAGUCUGGGCCCAGAUAUCUGCUGGGAAGUUCAACGUGCGCUCUUCCGAGAAACUGGAGAGGUUGCGACAGGGAGACAUGGUCAUUUUGGCCAAACGUGUUUUGCGCCGCGAUGGGAAAGAUCUGAACAUGCAUCAUUGCCGUAUCACCUCGGCCAACCCGAUCCGUGACGACAGCGGCAACGAUUGUGGCAAAGUGUUCGAGUUCGAUCGUCUCAUAUCAACCGACAGAACAACGUACCAUAGUACAGGUGUUCAACCGCGCCCUCAGUAUGCUCAACCGACUUAUGAGACACACGUUUACCACGAAGAACACAUCGAUGAUGAGGAGGGCGAUGCUGAGCUGUAUCUCUACGAUCGUGAUCUCGACAGUCUGAGCGAAGCGUAUCAGAGGGAGGCGUUAUUGAUUCUCGUGCAGACGAUUCCUCCCAUCAGAUACCUACGGGACUUUCUUCUUAGUCACCAAGGCUGGUCUCUAUCUAAGUACAAGAUGAUUUCCAAGUCGGCUCUGGCUUUGCUCCGAUGGAUUGUGGCUUCCAACCGCUCGCUCAUUGUACAGAUUGACCAGCCGGUCGACCUUGACAUUGGCGGGAUUCAAGCGACUGAGGCUCGACAGAAGGAACGCUUCGUCGGAUUGGGUGACGAUUGGAUGCAAUUCCGCUUUGCCCAAGGAUCUCCUGAGAAAGAGAAUCGGUUCAAGAAAGAGCUUGAGAAGGAGGCGAGCCAAACAUACCCAACGAUGUUUGCGUGGCACGGGAGCCCGCUCGGAAACUGGCACAGUAUCAUCAGAACUGGUUUGGACUUCAAAGAAACGCUCCAUGGGCGCGCCUAUGGUCACGGAGUGUACUUCGCCCGCGAUUUUACAACAAGCUUGGGCUACUGCAUGAGACAGGGCAACGAGACAUCAUGGGCCGGUUCGGAACUCAAGCUGUACGCCGCCAUGAGUCUCUGCGAGAUGAUCAACCGUCCGGAAAGAUUCAAAUCCGUUAAGCCGUACUAUGUUGUCGAUGAGGUUGAUUGGAUCCAGUGCCGCUACCUCAUUAUUCAGCGGAAUCAAUCAGUGAAGCACGAAGAAGAGCCUGAGACCAAGCCGGAGUACAUCUUACAGGAUCCCAAGUGGCGACCAGUGGGGAUUAGCAAUUCUGUGUUGGAGAUCCCAGCCGCAGCGCUACCAAAGUGGCGCCAGAAAACUGUUGUCCCAGGGUCCUCGUGGUCUCAGCCGAUCGUCCUCACAGAGCAUCCGGGCGAAGACCAGCCGGAUGACUUUGACAAGAUCAUGGACCUCCAAAAGGAGAAAGAGGACUACGACAAAGACACCGAUACAGUCGUCCUUGAGGCCGAAUCAGAGACUGACCCAGACAAGACCUCUUUCACGCCGGGCACACUUGACGUCACGACACUGCCUCAGCUGCCAGCCCCGAGCUGGGCGUCGGACACAGGCCGAAAGGUCCUCGGCCAAGAGCUCAGCAAAUUACAGAAGGUGCAGGCUACAACACCUCUUCAUCAGCUCGGCUGGUACAUUGACUUUGACAACAUUACAAACAUGUUCCAGUGGCUCGUCGAGCUGCACAGCUUCGAAAAGUCUUUGCCUCUUGCGCAGGAUAUGGAGCGAGCAGGCGUUGAAAGCAUCGUUCUCGAGAUCCGAUUUGGCCGCCAAUUCCCUCACUCGCCCCCCUUCGUCCGAGUUGUUCGCCCCCGUUUCUUACCAUUUUCGCGAAGAGGUGGUGGUCACGUCACGGCUGGCGGUGCCAUGUGCAUGGAGCUUCUGACGAACAGCGGUUGGUCUGUUGCCAGCAGUAUGGAGAGUGUUCUGCUCCAGGUUCGCUUGGCUCUGUGCAAUCUCGAGCCUUUUCCAGCUAGACUGGAGUACCAGGGAACAGGCCAAAUGACUGGAGGACCCAACUACGGAGUCGGUGAGGCCAUUGAUGCGUACAGACGCUCUGCCAUGGCCCAUGGCUGGCAGGUGCCUUCAGAUCUACAUUUGACGGCCAAUGCAAUGUGA